AUGAAUUUUGCCCGUCUCUUCCUGGAAAGGGUACGUCCAGUAGAGGAGAGCGAUAGCACAGUUGCUGUGGUAUUGUCAUGUUUAGUGGUAUUGCUUAUUCUGACAGCCACCGUGACUAUUGCAUACACGAUAAGAAAGAGAAAGCUUGAGACUACGUUACUUGAAAGCAUCUGGAAGGUAGCAUUCGAAGAUAUCGACCUUCAGAAGUCUAAGCUUGCAUUUGGAUCAAGGGAUAUUCUGGAGAAUGACGAAAUGAAACUGGAUAUCAACUUAAAAUAUUCACUUACGAUGGAUUUAGUGCAAGGCAUGCAUUUUAUUCACAGCUCUAAGCUGGAGUUUCAUGGACGUCUGAAAAGUACGAACUGUCUCGUUGACAACCGAUGGUUGCUGAAGAUCACUGAUUACGGAAUUUCCAAUUACAAGAAUAUUCAAAUCGGAGAGUCACUGAAUAUUGUUGAUGUUAUUCUACAACGACUUGAAAAGUAUGCCAGCAAUCUUGAAGAUCUUGUCGAUCAACGAACACAACAGUUAAUGCAGGAAAAAGACAAAUCGGAUCGACUUUUGUACAGAAUGCUACCAAAAACAUGCGCUGAAAAGCUGAAACGUGGGGAAAUGGUUCAGCCAGACAUCUUCGAGGCGGCCACUAUAUUCUUUUCUGACAUCGUUGGCUUCACAACCAUAGCGGCAAGGAGUACACCAAUGCAGGUGGUCGACCUGCUCAACGACUUAUACACGUGCUUCGACGAUAUAAUAGGCAAAUAUGAUGCGUACAAGGUAGAAACCAUUGGCGACGCUUACCUUGUUGUGAGUGGUAUACCUACAAGGAAUGGAGAUUUACAUGCCGCUAUCAUUGCUGACAUGUCCCUGGACAUACUGGCCGGCGUGAAAGUGUUCACCAUUAAGCACAUGCCGCACGAAGAUGUUCAAGUACGAAUUGGUUGUAAUACAGGACCUUGCUGCGCAGGAGUGGUUGGUCUAUCAAUGCCGCGUUAUUGUCUGUUUGGAGACACCGUCAACACGGCGAGUCGAAUGGAAUCGAACGGCGCUGCCCAGCAAAUCCACCUCAGUGAGGCGACACAUGUGGCCCUGCAUAAGAUUGGCGGUUACACGACACGGUUUAGGGCUAAUAUGCCGAUUAAGUCACAGGACCAGCAGUUCGAUUAUUUAACGAAGGCAAAUCAAACGGCCAUACAAAUGUAA